CCUAAAAAAUAAAAAAGAAAAAGGCCUGCGCUUUGACGAGUUCUUUCUGUUCACAUACUUGGUACUCUGGAGGAAUUCAUGGCAAUGACAGCUAUGCUGUACCAUGCGUUUUUCUUGGGCUUUGAAUAUCAUCCUUGGCACUGGGAGUUAUUUCAGCGGUCAACAAGGUUACCUGUCUUGUUGCUUCAAUUCUCAGCUGCAAUCUGCAUGUGAAGAACGAGUAGUCAGUAGAUAGUAAAGUGGUUGAUGGUUGAACUGGAAAGGAAAGAGGAAGGUUAGGGGUGUGGAAAGGAGUGGACAAUGGCGUCAGCUUCUUGUGCCAGAAGUCCAUGGCCCAUGAAAGAAGCAUCCUCUAACUAUCAUCCUUAUCCUCUACCUCUUGCGAAAUAUGAUGAUGUUGCAGCCAGUCCUAAGCUCUUCAUGGAUACUUUGGAGACGCUCCAUGCUUCCAUUGGGACUAAGUUCAUGAUUCCUAUCAUUGGAGGUAAAGACCUUGACUUGCAUCGACUUUUUGUGGAGGUAACUUCUCGUGGAGGUAUUGAAAGGGUUAUUAGGGAGAGAAGAUGGAAAGAAGUAACUGCUGUUUUCAACUUUCCUUGCACAGCUACUAAUGCUUCUUUUGUGCUGCGCAAGUACUAUUUUUCAUUACUUCAUCACUAUGAACAAAUAUAUUUUUUCAAGGCUCGGGGAUGGGUCCCUAUAUCUUCCGAUUCUUUGACGAGCCCAACCUUAACUGCAGUUCCAAUUCAAAGAACAGAGUCUUUGCAGCCAACACCAGAAAUCCAAGCAGCUCUGCUCCAGCCACAAAGGAUAAAUACUGCAGAAUUGGAUGGAGCAAAGGCAGCAUCAACGACUGAGUCUUCUAUCAGUGUGAUAGGGGUCAUCGAUGGGAAAUUUGAAAAUGGGUACCUUGUUACUGUCACAACAGGCUCAGAGAAGCUAAAGGGUGUGCUAUAUCUGGCUCCACAGGACGCAUUACAGGAAUUGCCACAGAACUAUGGUGUCUUUGCCAGCAGAAAUGACAGAGGCUCUCCUGUACCGGCUCGCCGGCGCAGGAAGAAAUCCGAGAUAAAAAGGAGGGAUCCGGCUCAUCCAAAACCAAACAGAAGUGGGUAUAAUUUCUUCUUUGCAGAGCAGCAUGCAAGACUGAAACCACUGCAUCCAGGGAAGGACAGGGAGAUCAGUAGAAUGAUCGGUGAACUGUGGAACAAGUUAGAAGAGUCUGAAAAAGGAGUUUAUCAGGAGAAAGCUGUCAGAGAUAAAGAAAGAUACAGAGCGGAGAUGGAGGAUUACAGGGAGAGAUUAAGGAGUGAUCAGGUUAUCAGUGAUGCAGUGCCACUACAACAGCGGCUUCCACCCUACAAGAUGUGAACACUGAAUACAGUGGAUGUGGACGGGAAGAUUGAAGAGGGUGAGGGAGAAUAUGCUACGCCAAAUCUCAAAAAGAACAGAAAAUUUGAGGGUGGAUGGGCUUGAUUUUGUGGCAUGCACACUUUGUACAAAAGUAAAAUAGCCACCCACGUGGUGUACCUCUUUGCUACUUGCAUGCAUGUGGCAUGGCAAGAGGCAAUUGCUUGUGGCUUAGGAUUUUCUUGCAAAUUUCUAAACUAUGAGCAAAUUUUGAGAUAGAUUUUUGUAGAGUUUCGUUAAAGUUGUGGGGUUUCUCUGAAAUAUAUUUAAAUUAAAAAGGUUUCGAGAUA